AAUAAAUUGGUUACACCAUAAAUGCAUCUCCAAGACCCCCAAAAUAUAUUCUUUUUUUCCCUUUGCCUUAACCAUGUGACUAAACCCAAAAUGAUACAAUCAAACAAUCAGAAGAUCACCUUUAACCCCCACUGUAUUGGAUAAACAUGUCAAUAGUCUUUGAUCACUAUCAGCACAGGAAUGUAGAUGAUACAGGACAGAAAUGGGGGUUGUGACAAUUUGUAAUAAAUUCUUAUAUUUUUAAUCUUACAUUAUUAAUUCUUUUAAAAUAUAAGUUAAUGUUAAUACAGUUAUUCAUUUAGUUCAUGGUGCAUUAAUGUUAACAGGUAAUGUUUGGUUUUAUAAAUGUAUUAGUAGUAUUCAUUGUAAGUUUUGCCCCACCCCAAACCCCCAAGAAUGUCCAGAAUGAGGAACAAGAUUAAAACAGCAUUCUCAGAAAAGUGAAGAACUGAUCAUAUUUUGAAACAAAGUAAUAGAUGAAAAUAUGCUUAUAAUUGAUUUUAAGAUUGCAUGCAAAAUCCACUUGGCUUGGGGGCAAAUGCCCCCUCAGUUAAAAUGAACUAAUAAACUAAAUAUAUAAAUAUAGUAAAGAAUAAGAGAUGAAAUGAUACAGAAUAAUGAAAUACAACACAGAUGUUUGUCUUUACUCUUGAGUCAUCUCUCAAAUUACACACACAGGUUGCUUUUAAGAAACUCAUAACAUCUAUUAAUUUUAUAUAUGUUUUACACCACAAUCAUAUUUAUCUUCCAUCAUUUUCUAGUUUCUGUCAAGAAUAAAAAAAUCUGCAUAAGACUGAUGUCUGAGGUGCAGUGAUGAAAACAAAAGAUGUUGUGUUUGUAUGAUGAUAGUUUUUGGGGAGUGUCAGUGUCCUUACAGAGUGUUAAUUAGUCUGGACUUUGACUUUGGUGUCCCCACAGACUAGAAUUUGGUUAGGGUCAAAGUCCUAUAUUCACUUUAAAAGAGGAAAACCCAGACGAGCUGUACUCAUUUCUUCAGAGCCGCUAAAAUGACAUCUGAAAUGUCUAAGUUUUCCGUUCUGUUAUUGUCACUGCUGGUGGUUUGUGAUCAAUCUUCAGGCUUCAGGCCUUACCAAUCAAUACUGCAGGUUCAAAAUGGGAUGAGUUGGGGUACAUGGCGUCAACAAGACAUGUGUCCGACUGGGAUGUAUGCUGCAGGAUUUAGUCUAAAGGUGGAAAGGUCAGUAGGAGAUGCUGAUGAUACUGCUCUUAAUGGGAUUCGUCUUCACUGCAUCUACCCUUCCAAAGAUUCAUCAGCCCCACAAAAGAGCUACGCCACAGUUCAGUCUGAAGCCGGGAGUUGGGGUGAAUGGACAUACCUUCAAUGGUGCUCGCAUGGAUUUUUGACAUCUUUUCAGCUCAAAGUUGAACCCAAUCAAGGGAAGGGAGAUGACACAGCAGUGAACAAUAUCAGGUUCGUCUGCAGUAAUGCUGAUAUUCUGGAGGGCCCAGGAAUGAACUGGGGUGACUGGGGUGACUGGAGCCCCAAAUGUCAAGGAAAAGGAAUCUGUGGGAUUAUGACGAGGGUGGAGCCGCCACAGGGGAAUGGUGAUGACACAGCCCUAAAUAAUGUGCAAAUGUAUUGCUGCAAUUAGACACAAUUACUGCAAACACUUUGUCUCAAGAAAGGACUUCAUAAGUCAGGACCAUAAGGAUAGAAAUAAAUAUUAAGCAGGACAUAUCUAAAUAUUAUUAGAAAAACAAAUACUGAUACUUGGUCUGACUGAAAUUAAAAUGUCUGAAUACA